UGCAGAGUAAGAGCAGACCACGGUGUAGAGAAUGUGGCAGUGGCAUGCCUAAUGAUGUCUGUAUGAGGGCCUGAGAACGGAAGCUUCAUUGCAGGCAAAAGUGUGCACAACCAGAGGAUUGAGAGGCUGUGGCGAGACGUGUGGAUGGCAGUGACCAAUGUAUUUUACCACGUACUUCACACACUGGAAAAUGAAGGCUAUCUGGACCUCAGUAGCACCACACACAUUUUUGCAUGUCAUUAUGUGUUCUUGCCUCAUCUGCAAAACAAUCUGGACAACUUUUGUGAGGGAUGGGACAACCACCCAAUCCGGACAGAGCAAAACCUGACGCCAAACCAGCUGUGGGAUGUUGGCCAAAUGCAAAAUCCCAUUGCAGAUCCAGGCAAUGCAGAGGAGUAUCUUGUUCCUGUUAUAGACUGGGAGGUGGACAUCAGCCAUCAAGACAAUGGACACACUGGGGUGACUGUUCCAAUACUGCAAAGCCCUCUGAAUCCUGAGCAGAUGGAGCAGCUUAGGUCAGCUAUUGACUCUAUGGGACCCUCAGAUUCCCUUGGCAUGGACAUUUACAUCAACACGGUGCAAUUUGUCGAAUCACUCACUGAAAUGGUUAAUGGGUGGUGGCUGCCCAACAUGUGGACCAACUGUAGAGUUUUGCAACGGAUUUCAAAUUGCUUGAUUGUCUUCGCAUUUGAGAUGCGCAUGCUAGUACAGCAGUGGUUCUCAAUUCCAGUCCUUGGGACCCCUUGCUCUGCACAUUUUGUAUGUCUCUCUUUUAUGGCAGUGGUUUAUCUGCUCUGCACAUUUUGCCUAAUGAGCUGA